AUGGGUCUCGCAGAGGUUCCCUUAUCCCUCGCUGUGCCAGCGGCCGCUGCCUCCAUUGCCUAUUCGAACGCACGAUGGGGCAUCUGGGAAGACAUCAAUGUGUUCUAUUCGGCAGCUCGUUGCACCCUCGACCGUAUGAUAGCUGAGCGGAGGGACCAGUGCAAUCUAUUCUACGUCAUGGAAAGAAACGCACUGGAUAAGUGCACUGCCAACCGCCCUUCCCUUGUGUACGACCAGCAAACCUGGACCUUCCACGAAUUAUACACCACCUCUCUGCGCUAUGGCACCUGGUUGAGAAAUACCCAUGGCAUCAAGACGGGCGAUGUGGUAAUCAUGGAUUUGAUGAACUCCUCUGCAUUCGUCUUUAUGUGGAUGGGGUUGUGGAGUAUUGGCGCGAGGCCAGCUUUGAUCAAUUAUAACUUGGCCAAGGCGUCUCUGGUGCAUUGUGUUAAGGUGUCGACUGCCCAGAUCCUAUUUGCUGAGCGCGAGUUGCAGGAGGAGUUUUUCCCACCAGAGCAGUUGGAGAUGUUUAGCAGGCCGGACUUCCGAGAAGGGGGUGGCUCUGUCCAAGUUGUGUUCUAUGAUAAGGCGUUGGAGAGGGAGAUCCUGUUGACGCCGGCCGAACGGGCACCAAAUUCGAGUCGGCCCGGAUCAGAGUCAAGUGAUAUGGCCACUCUAAUAUAUACUAGCGGCACAACGGGAUUGCCAAAGGCUGUCAUUGUUAGCUGGUAUAAAUGUAUCAUGGCCGCUGGAUUCGUUAGCAAAUGGAUAGGUUUGAAAACGACGGAUCGCGUUUAUACGUGCAUGCCACUUUACCACUCCACAGCCGCCAUUCUAGGUUAUUUAGCAUGCAUGGUUUCGACAACAACCAUCAUCAUCGGCCGCAAGUUCUCCGCCAGCAAAUUCUGGAAAGAAGUCCGCAACAACGAGGCAACCGUCGUUCAGUAUGUUGGUGAAACCCUUCGAUAUCUGCUCGCAACACCACGCGAAAUCGACCCUGUCAGUGGGGAGAAUCUUGACCUCAAGCACAACGUACGCAUGCUCUACGGGAACGGCCUGGGACCUGACGUUUGGAAUCGCAUUAAAGAGAGGUUCAACGUGCCGAUGAUCUGCGAAUUCUAUGCCUCGACAGAGGGCACCGCCGGCCUCUGGAACAGGUCCGGCAACGACUUCACAGCUGGAGCCAUCGGAAAGAACGGCCCGGUUGCCGAGAUAAUAGCCGGCCACACUGUCGCGGUCGUCGAGUUAGACUAUGAGACUGAACUGCCGCGGCGCGAUCCCAAGACGGGUUUCUGCAAGAAGGUCCCCAGGGGAGAGCCGGGCGAGCUCCUCUUCCAACUCUACGCCCCGAACAUCAAGUCGACCUUCCAGGGCUAUUUCAACAACCGCAGUGCGACAGAGGGCAAGAUAAUGCGCAACGUGCUGAGGAAGGGGGAUGUGUGGUUCCGUACCGGCGACGUUAUGCGCUGGGACUUUGAGGGCCGCUGGUAUUUCUCCGACCGCAUCGGCGACACAUUCCGCUGGCGCAGCGAGAACGUGUCCACCAACGAAGUCUCCGAAGUCCUCGGCAAGCACCCCGAAGUGCUCGAAGCGAACGUCUACGGCGUCGAAUUGCCGAAACACGACGGCCGUGCUGGAUGUGCUGCCAUCGUGUUCCGUGACCAGGCAAAGAUCAUCCCUCCGCCCAACAGUGAACAUGAGGACGCAUCGGAAGUACCGAUUCUGGAGCCGUCAUCAACCGUGCUGCGCUCCUUGGCUCUACUUGCGUCGGAGAAUCUGCCCAAGUAUGCCGUCCCACUAUUUCUCAGGGUAACGAGAGGCACACAGUCGACAGGCAAUAAUAAGCAACAGAAACAUGUGCUGAGAAAGGAAGGGGUGGAUGUGGAUUUGUUGAGCAAGAAGGGGGUGGAUGAUCUGCUAUACUGGUUUAGAGGGGGCGAGUAUGUCCCGUUUGGGAAGAAAGAGUGGGAAACUGUGAAAGAGGGGCGAGCCAAGCUGUAA